UUUUUUUUAAUGAAAAUCAUCAUGACGUUUUUCUUUUUGUUUUUGACAUUACCUCUUCUUCUUCAAGCUCAACUGGAUAACUCAUGUGAUUGUGGUUACUAUGAUCCUAAUGAUAAUCAAUAUUCAAUAUGGACAAGUAAAUGGGAAAUGGAUUUUGAAGGCAAAUCAUCUGUUACUCAAGGAUCACCCAAGUUAUUAAAUCAACUGGAACAAGAUUUUUUUCGUGCGAAUUAUGAAAUUGGUGCUAAAUGGGUCAAUAGUUUUGGUCGUAUUUUUACAAAAGACAAUGUACAAAUUCAAAAUGGUGUUCUUCAAUUAUCCGUCACAGUAAACAACAACAACAACAAUAACAACAAUAAUAAUUCUAUACGAUGUAGCGCCAUUGGAACAAAAAGACAAGAUAUUUUAUAUGGAUCCUUUCGAAGUUUAAUGCGACUUACUCCAGAAAAUGGAACGGUUCAGGCUAUGUAUUUCUUUCAUCCAGAAGGUGAAAUUGAUAUUGAAGUACUUGGUGCAGUGGCUCCUCCUCAAUCUUAUUUUGCUAUUCAUCCUGGUCUCAGAGAACCCAAUGGUCGUGCCUCUGCUUUGACUCAUGAUAAUCAUUUCUUGAAUUUUGAUCCUUCCAUUGAUUUCCAUGAAUAUCGAUUUGACUGGUUUCCUGAUCGUGCUGAAUUCUAUAUCGAUGGUGCCUUGGCUCAAACCCUUGUUACGAAUAUCCCCAAUGCUCCUGGUAGAUUCAUGUUCAGUCAUUGGACAGAUGGUAAUCCUACUUUCAGCAAAGGUCCACCUGUUAGGGAUGCUAUUACUGAAAUCAAGUCUGUGGUCGCCCUCUUCAAUACUUCUUCCUUUUCUCCUCUGUCCUGUCAGAGUACUCAAAUGCCAUGUGCAAUACAAGGUACUCGAAAAGAUCAGCCAUCUUCCAGUCCCAGUGCCAUUGUUGGAUUACCGCCAUCUUCCUCUGAAAGUAGUAAAACCAUGGAUGCCUAUUUGUUUGUGAUUCUGUUUUUGAUCGGAUGUACCAUUCUUCUACAAUAAUUUUUUUUUUUGUAUUUGUAACAUUGACUUUUUUCAUAGUUUAUAGUUAGACAGA